AUGAUUCUUGCCGAAGAACUUAAAAAACGCGAACAUACCGUAUGGCUUGGUGUACAUAAACGUUAUCAAGACAUAGUAAAAGCUACUGGUAUCGAUACAGUUGAAAUCGGUGGUGAUCUAGAAUAUUUUUUAUCGACAACCUCAGAAGGAAUUGAACUCCGACGGAAUCCAAGUAUUCUAAAAAUGAGAUUAGUAAAACGUACAUUUCAACCAAUGAUUGAAGAAUGGUUUAAUGGUAUUCUAUCUGGUAUAAAAGAUGCUGAUCUAAUUGUUCUCACAGUUGCGUCUAUUUUUCUUGGAUUAAGUUGUAUUGAGAAAUUUCCUAAUAGUAAAGCAAUUGGAAUCUACACAUUUCCAGUGACACGAACAGCUCACCUUUCGCCGCCUGGUUUAGGUGGAGAAAAGUGA